UCACUGUCCGGGGUUUCCUAGUGAAGUGAACCCUACGGCGUCAUGGCGGAGGCCGGUUGUCGGAAGACCCUGGUUUGAAAUGCCAGUUUUCUACAAUUAUAGUUGACAAACGAGGAACAAGACUUUGCUUGCAUCUAGCUCGGGAAAGGGGAUUUACUUGAGGGGGAGGAAAACCACCAGUGCACCGGUUCUGCUGAACGGAACCGUUCGGGGCUGCUCUCCCUAACUGGGAGAAAGCUAGCUAGCUAGCCUAAGGUAGCCUUAGCUAUCGCAGCUGCUAGCUCGCUAGUUAAAUAAAAGAAGAAAGGACCUCUGAAGUGGAAAGUCGGAUCUAAACAACAAUUAUAUUGGAGUUUGCCAGAUUAACCACGUGGAGCAUAGUAGUAAAGGUCGUCAGGGGGAAGUCUAUACUUUGGGCUUCAACAUGGCUGGACGCAGUGAGGAGGAAAGUGUAACCAACAGCGGUGCAGAAUCAAGUAAUUCUGAUGAUGAAUCGGGUUCUGGGUCGGGCUCCGCGUCAGGGUCAGGGUCCAGUUCCAGCUCCUCCAGCAGCAGCAGCCAAUCAGGGAGCAGUGACUCAGGAAGUGGAUCAGACUCUGGCAGCGGGUCAGAUUCUGACACGAAGAAAACCAAGGAGAAGAUCGAAGCGCCAAAUAAGUCAAACAUCGAUGGAGCUGAGUUCUGGAAGUCCAACCCAAGUAUCCUAGCAGUGCAAAGAUCUGCUAUGCUCAGGAAACAGCAGCUUCAGCAACAACAACAGCAGCAGCAGCAGCAGCAGCAACAGCAGAGACAAAGCUCCUCUGGAUCUGAUGAGGACUCGUCAAGUAGCGAUGGAUCUGACUCAUCAAGUGGAUCUAAAAGGAGAAAAAAUUCAGGCUCCUCUGGAUCAGGCUCUGGAUCUGGGAGUGGUUCUGGAUCAGACUCGUCCGCUGAGGAGAAGAGUGAAGAAACGGCGUCAGACUAUGAGCCUAGUCACACAAUCAAAAGCAGAAAGCCCCCAACCAAGAUGAAUUAUCGGAAUGGGAAGAAAAGCACCAACCAGAAGAAGAAAAAGUCCACGAAUCAUUCUUCUUCUGAUGAGGAUGAUGAGUACAAGAAGGCGGCCGCUGCGGGGCCCCGGCGGCAGGCCACGGUCAACGUCAGCUACAAGGAGGACGAUGACCUGAAGACCGACUCCGACGACCUGGUGGAAGUUCUCGGUGAAGACGUCCCGGCGCCUGAGGAAGAAGAGUUUGAGACGUUGGAGAAAGUAAUGGAGUCCAGGAUAGGGAGGAAAAGAGCCACAGGAAGUGUCACCACCGUGUACGCCAUAGAAGCCGACGGGGACCCUAAUCUCAACUUCAAUCCCAACAAAGAGGCUGGGGACAUCCAGUAUCUGAUAAAGUGGAAGAACUGGGCGCAUAUCCACAACACCUGGGAGACAGAGGACACACUCAAGUUACAGAACGUCAAGGGCAUGAAGAAACUGGACAACUUCAAGAAGAAGGAUACGGAGAAAAAGAGAUGGUUAAAAGCUGCAUCACCGGAGGAUGUAGAGUAUUUCAAUUGUCAGGAAGAAUUAAUGGACGACCUGCACUCUCAGUACCAGAUUGUGGAGCGAAUCAUAGGACAUUCCAACCAAAAGUCAGCGGCGGGUUACCCAGACUAUCUGUGCAAGUGGCAGGGUUUGCCAUAUUCGGAGUGUAGCUGGGAGGACGGCGCUCUCAUCGGCAGGAAGUUCCAGAAAUGCAUCGACAACUACAUGAGCAGAAACCAGUCCAAGAACAUUCCUUUCAGAGACUGCAAGGUGCUCAAACAGAGACCCAGGUUUCUGCCUAUGAAGAAGCAGCCGACGUACAUAGGAGGCGAAGGACUGGAGCUCCGAGACUACCAGUUGGACAGCUUGAAUUGGAUGGCCCACUCCUGGUGCAAAAGCCACAGUUGCAUUCUUGCAGAUGAGAUGGGUUUAGGGAAGACCAUCCAGACAAUCUCCUUCCUCAACUACCUGUUCAACGAUCACCAGCUGUACGGACCCUUCCUGUUGGUCGUGCCUCUCUCUACGCUCACCUGCUGGCAGAGGGAAAUCCAGCUUUGGGCCCCUCUGAUGAACUUUGUCGUCUACCUGGGAGACAUCAGCAGCAGGAACAUGAUCAGGACACACGAGUGGAUGCAUCCUCAUAACAAGAGGCUAAAGUUUAACAUCAUUCUCACGACGUAUGAGAUUCUUCUCAAAGACAAGUCAUUUUUGGGCGCUGUUAGCUGGGCUUUCAUUGGUGUGGAUGAGGCGCAUCGACUGAAGAACGACGACUCCCUCCUGUACAAGACCAUGAUGGAUUUCAAGUCCAAUCACAGGCUUCUGAUCACAGGAACGCCGCUGCAGAACUCUCUGAAGGAGCUGUGGUCCCUGCUGCACUUCAUCAUGCCAGAGAAGUUUCACGCAUGGGAGAUCUUUGAGGAGGCGCAUGGUAAAGGCAGAGACUCGGGGUACGCCAGUCUGCACAAAGAGCUGGAACCGUUCCUCCUGCGAAGAGUCAAGAAGGACGUGGAGAAAUCUCUUCCUGCCAAAGUGGAGCAGAUCCUCAGAGUGGAGAUGAGUGCUAUCCAGAAACAGUAUUACAAAUGGAUCCUCACCAGGAACUACAAGGCUCUGAGUAAAGGUAAAGGCAGCACGUCGGGCUUCCUGAACGUCAUGAUGGAGCUGAAGAAGUGUUGUAACCACUGUUACCUUAUCAAGCCGCCCGAGGACAACGAGUUCCUCAACAGAGCCGAGGCAUUACAGCAACUGAUCCGCAGCAGUGGGAAGCUGGUGCUGCUGGACAAGCUGCUGGUGCGUCUGAAGGAUCGAGGCCACCGAGUCCUGAUCUUCUCCCAGAUGGUUCGGAUGCUGGAUAUCCUGGCUGAAUACCUGAAGAGCCGACAGUUCCUCUUUCAGCGGUUAGAUGGCUCCAUCAAAGGGGAGAUGAGGAAGCAGGCGUUGGAUCACUUCAAUGCCGAGGGAUCAGAGGAUUUCUGCUUCUUGUUAUCAACGCGUGCCGGUGGUCUGGGUAUCAAUCUGGCCUCGGCUGACACAGUCGUGAUCUUUGACUCCGACUGGAACCCCCAGAACGACCUGCAGGCUCAGGCCCGAGCUCACAGGAUCGGGCAGAAGAGACAGGUGAACAUCUACCGUCUGGUGACAAAAAGCUCAGUAGAGGAGGAAAUCAUUGAGAGGGCGAAGAAGAAAAUGGUGCUGGACCACCUUGUGAUUCAGAGGAUGGACACGACGGGGAAAACUGUCCUCCAUACGGGAUCCGCUCCCUCCAGUUCUGCACCGUUCAACAAGGAGGAGCUGUCCUCCAUCCUGAAGUUCGGUGCUGAGGAGCUGUUCAAAGAGCCAGAGGGCGAGGAGCAGGAGCCUCAGGAAAUGGACAUUGACGAGAUCCUGAAAAGAGCCGAGACCAGGGAUAACGACCCCGGACCCUCCACGGUGGCAGAGGAGCUGCUGUCUCAGUUCAAGGUGGCCAACUUCUCCAUGAUGGAUGAAGAGGAUUUAGACUUGGACUCUGAGCGCAGUCAGAGGAGUUGGGACGACAUCAUUCCCGAGGAGCAGAGGAGGAGGAUGGAGGAGGAGGAGAGGCAGAAGGAGCUGGAGGAAAUCUACCUGCUGCCCCGCAUGAGGAAUUGUGCCAAACAGUCGAAAUUUAGCGCCAGUUCGGGGCGGCAGAGCAGGAACAGACGGUACUCGGGCUCCGAAAGCGACUCCCCGUCGGACCGGAAGAGGCCAAAGAAGAGGGGGCGGCCUCGAACUAUUCCACGAGAAAACAUCAAGGGCUUCAGUGACGCUGAGAUCCGGAGGUUCGUCAAGAGUUACAAGAAAUUCGGAGGACCGCUGGAAAGGUUGGAUGCUAUCGCUCGUGAUGCUGAACUCGUGGAUAAGUCCGAAAGCGACCUGAAGCGUUUGGCAGAGACGGUUCACAACGGCUGUGUGAGAACUCUGAGAGAAAACCCCUCUGGACCAGAGAAGAGUUCAGGAGGCAGGAGAGGGAAGGUAAAGGGCCCGACAUUCAGGAUCUCUGGAGUCCAGGUGAAUGCAAAACUCGUCAUCUCGCAUGAGGAAGAGCUCGCUCCGCUUCAUAAGGCCAUUCCUGAUGACCCUGAGGAGAGGAAGAAGUAUAUGAUUCCAUGCCAUUCGAAGGCAGCACACUUUGACAUUGAUUGGGGGAAGGAGGACGACUCCAGUCUCCUGAUAGGAAUCUACGAGUACGGUUACGGCAGCUGGGAGAUGAUUAAGAUGGAUCCGGACCUUAACCUCACACACAAGCUCCUACCUGACGACCCUGACAAGAAGCCACAAGCAAAGCAGCUGCAGACCAGAGCAGACUACCUCAUCAAAUUGCUCUGCAAGGACCUGGCCAAGAAAGAAGCACAGAAGCAAGCCGGGACAGCCAAUUCACGGAAGAGGAAACCGAGAAAUAAGAAGAGCAAGACCCAGAAGCCAAUUAAGACCGAAGAGGUGCUGAAGAGCACGUCCUCGGACCCCCCAUCGGACAAGAGGUCGGACGACGAGGACGAGAUCGAGGAGGAAAAGGAGGUGGCACCGGUGAAAGCUCCGAGCAGACGGGGCCGAGCAGACCGGGUGGUGCCGAAGGAGGAGGAGGACGAGGAGGAUGAAGACGAGGAGGAUGAAGACGAGGAGCCUGAGCAGGAGGAAGUAUCGUCGUCGGGGGAAAUGGAGAUCAAAAAAGAAAGCAAAAAGGAGAAGAAGGACGACAGUUGGGACAUUAAAGAAACAAAGGAGCCAAAAGAGAAAAAGGAGACGAAGCCUCUGGAGGCGGUGUACAAAGAGGACAACCUGGACAAGAACGAGGUGAAGACUAAGAAACCCGGUGAUGUGCCGGUCCAUAUAACAGCGGGGGGAGAAACCGUGCCGGUGUCUGAGGAGUCUGAGGAGCUGGACCAGAGGACCUUCAGUGUGUGUAAGGAGCGGAUGCGGCCGGUGAAAGCGGCGCUGAAGCAGCUGGACCGACCGGAGAAAGGUCUGUCGGAGCGAGAGCAGCUGGAACACACCAGGCAGUGCCUCAUCAAGAUCGGAGACCACAUCACCGAGUGUCUGAAGGAGUACUCCAACCCCGAGCAGAUCAAACAGUGGAGAAAAAACCUGUGGAUAUUUGUUUCCAAAUUCACGGAGUUCGAUGCCAGGAAACUUCAUAAACUGUACAAACAUGCAAUCAAGAAAAGACAAGAGAACGCCCAGGCAAUGGAGCAGAACACUAGAAAUGCAAACACCCACGGAUACAAACACACAGAUAUCGAACGGCUGAAGGACAGCUCUCACCAGGAUGAGAGCAGCAGGGACAGCUACAGCUCGGACAGACAUCCUCCGUCAGGACGGCACCACGAGAGCAGCAGCAAGGACCGACACAGCUCCGAGCCGCACAGGAAGUCCUCGGGAGGGGAGAGCAGGAAGAGACCGUAUACCUCCUUCAGCAACGGAAAAGACCACAGAGACGGAAAAGACCACAGAGACGGCAAAGACCACAGAGACGGCAAAGACCACAGAGACGGAAAAGACCACAGAGACGGCAAAGACCACAGAGACGACCACAGAGACGGCAAAGACCACAGAGACGGCAAAGACCACAGAGACAGAGACCACUACAGACCAGACAGUAGGGACAGGGACCGUGACAGAGACAGAUCGGACAGAUACUACAACGACAGCAAGCACAGGAAGCUGGACGAGUUCCGCUCCAGAGACCGCCUGGACGUGAAGGACCACUCCCACUCCGACCACCGCUCCUCCUACCGAUACCACUCGGACUGGCAGGCGGAGCAGCGCGCCUCGGCCAGCGUUCCCCCCCGCUCCCCCCGGGACCAACGCUCGCCCUACGACUCACGCUCGCCCAUGGGACACCGCUCGCCCUUCGACUACUCGUCAGACCACAAGAGCACACCGGAGCAGAUCUGGAGCAGCCGCAAGACAUAACAGCAGCUCCCAGGUCUGCUGGUAGCAGCCAUAGACUCCGAAAAAAAAACACAGCAAAUGCCUUACAGGGACUGUGAACUCACUGCAGCUGCAGGAAGAAACACUGUGCAUCCACUGCAGCUGCUUCAUCUCGGGAACGCCAGGCAGCAGAUUAAAAAAAACAAAUCAUAUUUUUGUAUUAAAGAGUUUAAAGCUGCAGCGAGACGGCACGCAGCGAUUUUUGUUAUUUUUAUAAACUUUUCUUAACUCUGGAAACUGACACAAUUGACCCUGAGAGCUGCCUCAUAUUCCCAACCAAUGACACUGGAUCCUGUUGUUGUCUGUUUCGUCUGUCCGUCUCCAUCAUGCUCGAUGUGAUUAUCUACCUUAUUUAAGUGUUAACUCGAUGAGAACAGAAUCGCUUUACAAGUCGAUGUUUAAAGGUGUCCGGCUCGGGCUCACCACCUGGCGUACCUCAUGUUCAGCAUUUCUCAUUUUUCCCUCAGCAGGUUUCUUCGUUUUCCAACCAGGCGUGAAUUAUUUAAUAACAUAUCUUAGCUGUAAAAAAAUAACCUGGAUUGUUGUUGUUUUUUUGGGAGCGUGAGGUGUAUCAUGAUUUAUUUCCUCUUCAUUAAUACUGUUGUACAUUUUUGUAAAAUAGUAAAUCGGUGGUCUUUUUUCCUCAGGCUUUUUGGAUUUAUUAUGACUCUACUUUUCCCCAUCAACUCAGGCUUUUUGUCGUUCUACGAGUGAGUUUCUGUAAAAUAGUUCUUUCAUGAUAAUGCUUUCAGAAUGUAACUUUUGGUAAAGGGAAAGAAUCUUUAAUGUUUUAUUCACUAAUGCUUCGUUCUUCUGCUCGGUAAGUUGAGAAGAAACUGACUUUUUAAAAUCAUUGUUUGAAAUAAAAGUCAGGUUUCUUCCGCUAAAGCACCAGUUCUGUUAGAUCUUAAAUAAACUCGACUUUUUACACUUUUUAUUUGAUUUACCUUUCAGUUUCCUUUUUCUACGUAGGCAAUAAUGUCACUGUUUCUAUGCAGCCAAGUAUAUUUGUGGUGAACCACCCAACUGAAUGAAGUCACUGUUACGGUUCGCACUGUUGUACAUAGAUUUCCUCUAUAUUUCAAAUUGAAUUUACACUGAAAGUGCAUGAAUUUUUAUGAACUGUUUUAUAGUUGUUUAUGAAGCCAUUAAAAUCAAUCACUGUACUCACUCGUACCAGCUCUCUUUAA